GUGCCAGCGUGAGAGGAUAGCUCGUGUGUGUCUCACGGCCGCACGCGUGAGACGUGACGGGCGGCUUUGCUCUCAGCACGUGCUCUGGGACGCGUCCUUUUGCAUCAGGCGUGACCCGGAAGCGCGACCACGUGGGGGCAGCGUGCGUCUGGACACGGACCACGUGGGUGGUGGUGGUGCUGCUGCCGCUGCUGCUCCACAACCUCAACGUGGCCAACAGAUUCUUCAGCCAGUGUCCGCAGCUGGCUCGGUGGAGGGGCAUCGGGGAGAGACAGAACCAGUCAUGCCACAGACUAAGUUGGUGUUCCUCCUGGCCAUGUGGGCAUCGAAUGCCACGGCCAGCGAGCUGCUAAACAUUUGCAUGGACGCCAAGCACCACAAGACUAAGCCGGGGCCCGAGGGCUUACUUUACGGACAGUGUGCACCAUGGAAGGACAAUGCAUGUUGCAACGCCAACACUACAGAACAAGCUCAUGAGGAUCAAUCGUACCUGUACAACUUCAACUGGAAUCACUGCUGGUCUCUGGGCCAGCCUAAAUUGUCGGAUGCAUGCAAGAAGCACUUUGUGCAGGACACCUGUUUGUACGAGUGCUCGCCAAAUCUGGGACCCUGGAUCAAGAAGACUGACAGCAGCUGGAGAAAGGAGAGAAUCAUAAAUGUUCCACUCUGCAAAAGUGACUGCCAUAGUUGGUGGAAUGACUGUCGAAAUGAUUACACCUGCAAAGAAAACUGGCACAGAGGUUGGGAAUGGAUAAAUGGUACCAACCUUUGCCCACCUGACUCCCAGUGCAAGCUGUUCCGUGUGAUCUUCCCCACACCGAAGGACCUGUGCGAGCGCAUCUGGAGCAGCUCGUAUAAGUACACGGAGGACGAUCGUGGGAGUGGCCGCUGUAUCCAGAUGUGGUUCACAGACAAAAACCCCAACGUCGAGGUGGCUCGUCAUUACGCCAGCCAAAUGGGAAACGCCGGCCGUGGCCGCGCAAACAUCGCCGUGACGCUCUCACUCACUCUCGUUGCCACCCUGGUGCACCGAGUCGCCCCGCUGUGAUUUCAAGGGUGUGCGAAUUAAAAAUGUAACUUUUCGAUUUGAAGCUUUCGUGACUGCAGGGAUUCUUCUUCUUGGUUCUUUCGGUAAAGUCGCGUAGAAGGGAAAUAAUAAAAUAAUAAAAAUAAAACAUAAUAAAUAAAAUAAUUCUCACGACGUUUUGGCCACAACGCAAGCAGCCAUCUUCAGGUGAAGAACAGGUCUGAACAGGUCUGAACAGGUCUGUCGGAAAGACAGCGUCUUCCCGACAGACCUGUUCUUCACCUGAGGACGGAUACUUGCGUUGUGGCCGAAACGUCGUGAGAAUUAUUUUAUUAUGUUUUAUUUAUUUUAUUUUAUUAUUUCCCUUCUACGUGACUUUACCGAAAGAACCAAGAAGACAAAAACUUCACAUUUAAACAAAUUCGGGUUUGGUAAAAGAUUAGAAAGAUUGCAACCUCCCCAGGUUGUGCUUUUUCGGGUUGUUGCUGCGCUUUCUACGGCGUGGUGUCUGAUGUUUCGCUGCACGUGCUGGGUGGUGGGAGCUUUGUCAGGAGCUGAAUAGUGCAGGAACUGAAAUCAAUUCGAUGUCCUAACAAAGACUAUGCGGAACAACCCACAAACUGGAGAGCUACAAUGCGGUAUUCCCUCGUUAUCCGCGAGGGAUACGUUCCGGAGAUGCUCGUGGUUAGCAAAUUUUGCGGAUAAUGAUACCUUAAAUAAAUAGAUGAAAAUAAUCUCAUCACUUUAUCACUUUAUCUCAUCACUUUCUCUCUCUUGGUGUAGUCGUGUAGAGUUCCGGAUAAGGUUCACGGAUAGCCCAAAUCACGGAUAGUAUGUUCGUGAAUAACGGGGGGGCAAACUGUACAGCAUACCUGCAAAAACGUAUACAGUCGCAAGAGAAAGAUCAAUUUAAAUGAUGUGCUGGUUGUGCUCGGUGCAUUAUUGAAUGAAAUCAAUGGGUGUUAAUCAUACAUUCGAUCCUCCGAUUAGCACGGGGUUGACUACGUACGGUGCGAAAGAAGUUCAGCAUACAGUCUGUUCUAUGACGCGGUAGUUCCGUUCCUGCAGAACACCGCAUUAUAUUAUAUUGUAAAGCACACUACGCGAAAACAUGUGAAGUAUGCAGACUGAACAAAGACUGAGGCACGUGGGUAGCAUGAGAAGAUGCCGAGGCGACGUAGUCCUGAUUGCGUUAUAUCAAAUUCGCGUUAUAUCAAAUUCGCGUUAUGUGAACACACGGCAUUAUAGAAGAGACUCUACAUAGAUACUUUGUGUUUGGCUACAGUUUGUAAUUUGCUGAAGCGUGAUUUGAUUUUCAGUAUUAUAAAAAUAGAGGUUGAGCAUGUAGAUUCAUAAUAUCAUGACACAUUAAUGUCUCGGAUGGCGUAACCUAACGUUUUAUUUUAUGGUUUUGGUGAAGUUAAAAUAGCAGGCAGAUUCAUUCACUCGCCUAAAAGAUUACUGCAAUAGUACCGCCGUUUGGCACUGAUGUAAUUGGAUUUACACGAAUAUAUGUACAGUGAAUAGUGUUUUAUGAAAGUGCCUGUAGGUAUAAAUCUACAAAACAACGUAAUUCUUUAGUUUGUAUUAAACAAGAUGAAUUUGUUGAACAAAUGUAGCAUUCUUCGAUGAAGCAAUGAAACUGGAAUACUUUGUAAAAGUGUAUUGUGUCAAGGUUUGUAAAGGGGUACAGUGAGCCAACAAGCGGUAUAUCGCGUGGAGACACUAAAAUCGUCGGUGGAAUCAUUUGUACGAAUGUCGUUGUGUCGCAUUCGCUACUUUUCUGCCGUCAUCCACCGCACUGAUGGUCAUGAUUGGUCGUUUUUCCUCGGGUUUCGUCGAUUGUUUUCUGAAAAAGUAACCAGUGGUUUGUUUAAUCCACAAAUGAGUAUGCGUUGUAAAAUUCCGCAUGUAUUGCGAUAUUUUUUAUUAUAAUAUGUAAUCGCACAUACGUUCAAUUGUUCAUCCAUACUGUAGGUAAACGUGUUCACGUGACGACCCUUGCAGUCAUUAGAGGCCACUACCGUUCACCAUCAUGGCAACACAUUUGAAUUGACACCAAAUUGUUGCAAUUCAUCGAAUAAUGCAAUGGGGUGGGGGGGGAGGACGCGGAAUGGUUAGAUACCAAGUAUUUAUCGUCGGGUUACAAUACUUUAUAAUAAUUCACAGCCUCGCAACUGAACAAAAACUGUAUUUCUUGAGGUCCUUGCUUGUUAUACAUUACCCGUGCCAAUGCUGAAAUUAGUGACAGCGUCUCUUUUCUUCAAUGCAAUAAAAUUAUCAAAGGUGAA